AUGCAACUCGGAACUAUUCUCCCAACCACGCUUAGUUUGGGCUUCAUUCUUUCCACGGCCGCCCUCCCACACAUCAAGCGCAGCAACACCUGCACCAUUGCUCUCCAACUCCACAGCGAAGAUCUCCCCGGAGGUGAUCCUAUGUCAGGAGCAGGAGCCAACACGGCAAUAUUCGACCACUAUGGCCUCUUCACGUAUCCGAAUGGUUCUCAGUUCACAUUUCAGGCCUACCAGAAGAACCAGGAUGACUACUGGAUUUACUCUAACGUGGCGGAGGCCCUUUUUAUGCUGAUCAAGGUUUUCUACACUCAUCGGGGAUCCUAA